UUUUCAUAGCACCGAUUUCCUACUCAAGUUCCAUGUUAGCAGAAAAAAUGAGUUGGUACCACAAGUUUUGGUACAUUGCCUUUAUAUCUGAUCCGUUCACUAGAUGCCUAAUGCCAAUCACGUGAUGACAAUCCUAAAAAAUGGGCCGGCAACAAUUUGGACGGUUAGGAUUGUCCUAUUAAGGAGAUUUAUGCGAAACCGGCAAUCCACAACAAGGCCAAAAUAGACCGUUGGUGUUGACCAUGGCCCCCACUUGUAGUGUUGUUUUGACCAUUCCCAUUCCUAUAUAAGUUAAGACACUUAAUGAAAAAUGAUCAAAGAGAAUGGUGUCCGAAACGAGAACAAAGAUCCCGGCCGUUGAUUUCUCUGCAGAAGGAUUGGCCCCUGGAAGAGAGGCAUGGGAGAAGCUAAAACCUGAGGUCUUGAAUGCAGUGCAAGAAUACGGAUGCUUUGAGAUUAUAUAUCCAGCCAUCACAAAAAACGAGCGUGGUGAGUUCUUUGGUAGACUCAAACAGCUAUUUGAACUGCCUGUUGAAACAAAACGAAAGAAUUCCUACGGCAAGCCUUUCCAUGGCUACUCUGGCCAGCAUCCAGGUUUCCCAUUGUUUGAGAGUAUGGGAAUCGACGGUGCAGAUGUGUUCCAAGAUGUCCAGACCUUCUCCAACCUCAUGUGGCCUGAGGGGAACUCAGGUUUCAGUGAAACAAUCAACAGCUUUACCAAGAAGUUAGUUGAUUUUGAAAAGAUAGUGAGAAUGAUGAUUUUGGAGAGCUUAGGUGUGGGCAACUACCAUGACUCCCUCACAGACUCCUUGAAGACCCUUCUUCGAGUAAUCCACAACAAGCAGCCGCCCACCAUGUCAGUUUCGGCCCCUGGUAUAGCUCCUCACACAGACAUGAACUUCCUAACUAUACUGUUGCAAGAUGAGGUGAAUGGAAUAGAGAUUCUCACUAAAGAAGGACAAUGGAUCCCAGUGUUCCCUUCCCCCAACUCAUUCACCAUCUUCUGCGGCGAUUCUUUCAUGGCAUGGAGCAAUGGAAGGGUUUGUUCGCCGCUCCAUCAAGUGACCCUGACUGAAAACAAGGAGAGGUUCUCAGCUGGUUUCUUCAUGAUUCCAAAAGCAGGGUGGAUGAUUGAGGCCCCUGAUGAGCUCGUGGAUGAAGAACAUCCCUUGAUUUACAAGCCUUUUGACCACUUUGAUUUCAUCAGGUCUUACUACAAGGAUACUAAAAUACCUGCGCAAGAUGUCCUUAAACAGAUUGCUGGAAUAUGAUGCUUUCGGUUUUUGUUAUGCACUGUGCCGAAAAAGAAAAAAAAACAUAGUGAUAUAAGCCUGUAUACUGUUA